UAAUGCCAUGUGGAUUCAAUGUGUUGUCUCUAAAGGUGUAGUAUUGUUUUGUGACCGGUUUCUAAACUUUUAAAAUGACGAGUCGGUUAUGCGGGGCGGAAACGCGACGGUUCUAUAUUUCUGUUUCCGUGGGAGUGUGUGAUAGCGAGAGAUUUACUGACCCAGAUAGAGAUGAAAACAGGUCCUGCUGCUGUAGGGGGUCUCCUGUCAUUUUGAGAUCUAACUAUCUGACUGACACCGAGCAGGACUGGUUUGUGGCAGAAAUCCCUGUAUUGACCGAGUGCUGUGGUGCCAUGCGGCUGUUUCUUGAGGAGGUGUUUGUGUGGAUGACUCUUCAUUUCCCUCGCUGCAGUGCUGGGGUUUCUGUACUGUUUUUGGGGAAAGAUUGCUGCACUUAGUUGUAAGAUGCCCAAUGUGGAGCUGAGGAUGCACCGCUGGAAAUGGCAGACACGUUUUACCUCGCUUUACCUGAGCUGUGUGUAUUUACUCUGCUCAGUCUCUGGGGUCUCUGGCAGCAUCUGCUCAGUGACCGGCGGUGUUUUGGGGAUCCACUGGAGCAGCGUCAUCGGUCUGGGCUGGCAGCCGCUGGCGGUGGACCAGGGAGGGUCACGCUGCUGGGAGUCCUGCUGUUUGGAGCCGUCCUGCGGGGCCGUGUGGAGCCUCGGCGGACGCUGUGUGCUGUUGGCCUGCUCUCAGAGGGAAACCUGCGGCAUCUCGUCUCUUCCGCAGCCACAUGUAGAGUCUCUAGGGCUCCUGCAGCUCCUCAACAAGAGCAAGAGGAGGAAAACCCGCAGCGCUCAGGACAUCAGAGCAAUCAGGGACACGGAGCAGGACAUGUCUUCUAACCCUUCAGAGCCACUGACCACAUCUAACAGUGCGGCGAGCUCCAGCUCCAGUGGAGAGCAGACAGCUGAACACAACACAACACUGGAUUCAGAUGCUGCGAAUCAUUCAACUCUGAACAACAGUAAUCAGUCACCACAGUCCACAGUGGCUCCAGCCACAACACCAGCUGUAACAGUGCGAGAGCUGGUCGUCUCUGCUGGCCAAAAUGUGGAGGUCACUCUACCACGCAAUGAAGUGAAGCUCAGUGCUUAUGUAGUGCCAGCGCCACCUACAGGGACCAACUAUGACUUUGACUGGCGUUUGAUAACACAUCCAAAAGAUUACAGUGGAGAAAUGGAGGGUAAACACACCAUGACACUUAAGCUGAGUAAGCUGACGGUGGGUCUGUAUGAGUUUGAGGUGGUGGUAGAUGGAGAGGGUGCUCACGGGGAGGGAUACGUCAAUGUCACUGUCAAACCAGAGCCACGAGUGAAUAAGCCACCUGUUGCAGUGGUUUCUCCAAAGUAUCAGGAAAUCUCAUUACCGACCAGCUCCACUGUGAUUGAUGGCAGUCGGAGCACUGAUGAUGAUAAAGUGGUGCUGUGGCACUGGGAGGAGGUGAAGGGGCCGCUCCGAGAGGAAAAGGCCUCAGGAGACACUGAUAUUCUCACCCUCACCAACCUGGUUCCCGGAAACUACACCUUCAGUCUUACAGUCACUGAUUCAGAUGGGGCUCAGAAUUCAACCCAAGCCAUGCUGUUAGUCAACAAGGCCACAGACUACAGGCCUACUGCUAAUGCUGGACCCAACCAAGUGAUCACACUCCCACACAACUACAUCACACUGAACGGCAACCAGAGCACUGAUGACCACGACAAUCUGUCCUACGAAUGGUCACUCAGCCCUGAGAGCAAAGGGAAGGUGGUGGAGAUGCAGGGAGUGAGGACGCCAACUCUGCAGCUCUCUGCCAUGCAGGAGGGAGAUUACACCUUUGAAUUGACCGUCACUGACUCGUCUGGACAGCAGGACACGACUCAGGUCACUGUCAUUGUCCAGCCAGAAAAUAACCAGCCUCCUGUAGCGGAUGCUGGUCCAGACAAGGAGCUGACGCUGCCAGUUGAUCACACCACACUGGAUGGCGGCAAGAGCACAGAUGACCAGAAAAUAGUCACGUACCACUGGAAAAAGACCAAGGGUCCAGAAGGGGUGAAGCUUGAUAAUGCAGAAACUGUGGUCGCCACCGUCACUGGCCUGCAGGAGGGCGAGUACAUUUUCAUGCUGACCGUGACGGAUGAAAGAAACCUGGAGAGCUCUGACACCGUCUCUGUCAUCGUCCGAGAAGAGAAUGAUCAGCCACCGGUUGCAAAAGUGGUGUCUAGUCCUCCGAUCACUUUGCCGGUGCGUACAGCAGUUCUAGAUGGUUCUCGAUCAUCAGAUGAUAAAGGCAGCAUCAGUUAUCUGUGGACCCGUGAGGAGAACAGUCCAGCCGCAGGGGAUGUCCUGAAUCACUCUGACCACCAGGCUGUGCUUUUUCUUGGUAAUCUGGUGGAAGGGAAGUACAGUUUCACUCUGACCGUCACUGACAGUAAAGGAAAGACCAGCUCUGACAGUGGCGUUGUAGAUGUUCGGCCAGAUGUCUACGAGCGGGAUUUGGUGGAGCUGAUCCUGGAAGUGGCCGUGGCUCAGGUGUCCCGCAGACAGAAGGAUAUGUACAUCAGGCAGGUCGGUGUCCUGCUGGGUGUCCUGGACAGUGACAUCACCAUUCGAGAGAUUAGCGCCUUUAAUGAGCACAGCACUCGUCUGGUAUUUCUGGUAUCAGGAGGUCCAGGAAGGCCUCCAUUAACUGGGCAUAGUGUGGCUAUGGAACUACGCAACAAAUUUCGCAAGCAAAAAAACGAGUUCCUCAUCUUUAAGGCCCGACGGGUGGACACAGUUAUCUGCCAGCUGAACUGCUCUGGUCAUGGAGAAUGCGACUCUUUCACCAGACGCUGCGUUUGCCACCUGUUCUGGAUGGAGAAUUUGUUUAGUACUUAUUUUGGAGAUGCUGAGAGCAACUGUGAAUGGAGUGUAUUAUAUGUAACGAUAGCAUCCUUCAUGAUCGUGGUUGCCAUAGCAACUGUAAUAUGGGGCUUGGUGUGCUGUUGUCGAAGGCGGAAAAGCAAAGUGAGACGAAAGAGCCGUUAUAAAAUGUUGAACGAGGAUGAUCAAGAGACUAUGGAGUUAAAGUUACCUAGACCUGGUCGUCUGAAGUCUGUGCCAGCUCCCACAUCUUCUGCACUCAUGCACUCAGACUCUGAUCUGGAAAGUGACGACGGUCAAGCAGGAAUCCCCUGGUCAGAUCGAGAGCGCGGGAAGCUGCUUCCACCCCAAAACGGAUCUCUACGUAACGGCCAGGGUCCACAUAAACCUAAAAAAACACGAGAGGAGCUGCUUUAGCACGGCUCCCGUACUGCACCAACACACUGUAUUCACCCCUUAUCUGGCACAUGGAGGAACUGCAGGACUUCCGGAGUGAAUUGAAGCGCAGCCCUGAGCCAACAUGAGAAGGAAUUAAACCCGACAGGUCAGAUCUGUAAAGCCAUGCAACUGAAUAGGCAAUGAGAAUGUACCUGCUGUAGUGCAGAGAUGGUGUCCGGUGAGUGAAUAUCUGAGAAACGUUUCAAAAACUGAGCCUCAUCACUGUCAUCUUCCUAAGAAGCUUCCCGCACUGCUGUAAAUGUGUUUCUUACUUUAGUUUGUGCCUUGUUUUUAGUCCAAAUAUAUAACAAUUCUUAAAUCAAGAAGCUUUUUAUAGACGAGUACAAAAUAGUGUUUUGUUUUUAGAAAUCGUAAGUCAAAAUUAAAUUCGUUUACGCUAAAUUAUCUGCCAAUGAGGUAAGAAAAAAAGCAUUGUUUUUGGUUUACUUGGAGUGUUCAUGAAUGCGAUCAUGUUGUGGUUGUCAUAUAAUCAUGUUGUGCAUGUGAAUGAGAUUUUAUGCAUGCUUAUGGCAACUGUCCUUAAGUGUCAUUCGCUCAGUUAUGACAUGUUAUAUGCAAAGAUGACAUUAGUAGGGUUGUCACGAUACUGAAUUCGGUACCAAUCGAUACUAACAUUUUUAAAAUGUCCAUUUCUCGUUAACAUUUGAGCGCGUUCUUAAACAAUGCUGAUUUGCCAUUGUGUUCUCGUGCUCAACAGAAAAGAUUGUGAUUGUACGUGAAGGUGACUUCAAACUCACCGCUGUUUACUAAGUGUAACCGCAGAUACAGGGACACUGGAGCUUUUUAAAGCUGUGAUUCAUCAGUGGUAUGUCAGCUUAUAGACAAACUAGCUGGUUGACGUGACUUUAAAAUGCUCCAGUGUCCCUGUAUCUGCGGUUCCACUCAGUAAACAGAGGUGAGGUUAGUGAACUGAUGACCUUCACAGCCAAUCACAGUCAUUUCUGUUGAGCAUGUGAGCACAAUGGCAAAUCAGCACCGUUUAAGAACAGGCUGAAAUGUUACCGGGAAAUAGACGUUUUUAAAUUUUAUAACAGCGUCACUAAUAUAUAUCUUGACCUCAACUAUAAUGGUACAAGCUGACUUCGACUUUAUCAGCGUCAUUAAUAUUUGAUGACAUAUUAAUAUCAUUAAAUAUUGAAUUAAUAUCAAUAUAUUUAAGUAUUUGACAGAGUAAUGACACUUUUAAUGAGACAUUGCAAUUGUUUGUUAGUAGUGGUUGUCACGAUACUGAAUUCAGUACCAAUCGAUACUAACAUUUUUUAAAUGUCCAUUUCCCGCUAACAUUUGAGCGCUGUUGAGCGCGUUCUUAAACAUUGCUGAUUUGCCAUUGUGUUCUCGUGCUCAACAGAAAAGAUUGUGAUUGUACGUGAAGGUGACUUCAAACUCACCGCUGUUUACUAAGUGUAACCGCAGAUACAGGGACACUGGAGCGUUUUAAAGCUGUGAUUCAUCAGUGGUAUGUCAGCUUAUAGACAAACUAGCUGGUUGACAAGACUUUAAAAUGCUCCAGUGUCCCUGUAUAUGCGGUUUCACUCAGUAAACAGAGGUGAGGUUAGUGAACUGAUGACCUUCACAGCCAAUCACAGUCAUUUCUGUUGAGCAUGUGAGCACAAUGGCAAAUCAGCGCUAUUUAAGAACGUGCUCAAAUGUUAGCGAGAAAAAGACGUUUUUAAAAUUCCAGUAUCAUGACAACCCUAUUUGUUAUGACAACUUGACAUAAACAAAUACAUCACAUUCUGUUUUUGACUUUGUCAUGAGUUCUUGACAUUUCCAAGAUUACAAAACUUGCCAUAAAUCUGUCAUGAAGCCAUUAUAAAUGUGUCAUGAUUUUUAUAACAGCAUCAUUAAUCUAUAUUUUAGACCUCAACUACAGUGGUACAAGCUGAAUUUGACAUUAAAAUGUCAUAAAAUAUUAAUGACGCUGUUAAAAAAAUUUGACAGAGUAAUUACACUUUUAAUGAGACAUUUCAAUUGUUUGUUAUUAGUGUUGUCAGAAUACUGGAAUUCGGUACCAAUCGAUACUGAAAUUAAAAACGUCCAUUUCCCGCUAACAUUUAAGCACUGUUGAGCACGUUCUUAAACUGCACGUGAAAUUGACAUUUUAAAAAUUGUCAUUAAAUAGUAGUGAUGCUCUUAAAAAUGAUUUGACGGAGUAAUUACACUUUUAAUGAGACAUUUAAAUUGUUCGUUAUUAGUGUAAUCAAUACUGAAGUUUUAAAAACGUCCAUUUCCUGCUAACAUUUAAGCGCUGUUGAGCGUUUUCUUAAACAGCGCUGAUUUGCCAUUGUGUUCACCAGUGCUUUACAAAAAUGACUUUGAUUGGCCCUGAAGGUCAUCAGUUCACCAAUCUCACCGCUGUUUACUAAGUGUAAUCACAGAUACAGGGACACUGGAGUGUUUCACUCAGUAAACAGCAGUGAGUUCAGUGAACUGAUGACCUUCACGGUCAGUCAUUUUUGUUGAGCAGGUGAACACAAUGGAAAUCAGCGCGAUUUAAAAAUGCGCUCAAUUGUUGGCGGGAAAUUUACUUUUUUAAAAUUUCAGUACCGAUUGGUAGCAAAUUAUAUCCUAAAAUAUCGUGACGACUCUAUUUGUUAUGACAACUUGACAUAAACAAAUACACCACAUCCUGUUUUUGACUUUGUCAAGAUUACUUGACAUUUCCAAGACAGCAAAACUUGUCAUAAAUCCAUCAUCAACAUUACUGUCAUAAAGCCAUUAUUAAUAUGUCAGAAAUUUUAUAACAGCAUCAUUAAUCUAUUUUUUGACCUCAACUAAAGUGGCACAAGCUGAAUUUAACAUUAAAAUGUCAUUAAAUAGUAAUGACGCUGUUAAAUUUUUUUUGACGGAGUGAAGACGCUUUAAUGAGACGUUUCAAUGACAAAUACAGUGAAAACGUGAUCAGAAAAUAUUCAUUAUAUUAUAUUAUAUUAUAUUUAUAUUUUAUUAUAUUAUAUUAUAUUAUAUUAUAUUAUAUUAUAUUAUAUUAUGUUAUAUUAUGUUAUAUUAUAUUAUAUUGGCUUCAUGACAAUCAUGUUUAUGACAGAUUUAUGACAAGUUAUGUUGUCUCGGUAGUGUCAAGUUGCCAAAGACCGGUUGUAAUGUAUUUGUGUAUGUCAAGUUGUCAUAACAAUGUCAUAUUUGCAUUUAAAAUGACAUUACUGAGCGAAUUACACUUAAUAACAGUUGUUAUAACCAUGCAUAAAAUCCCAUUUACAUUCCUGACUUGUCAUGUAAUGAUUAUAAAGGUUUCAUGACUAAUGAAAAUCUAAUAAACACCCUAUUCAAGUAAAGCAGGGGUGUCCAAACUCAGUCCUGAAGGGCCGGUGUCCUGCAUAAUUUAGUUCCAACUUUCUUCAACACACCUGCCUGGACGUUUCUGGUUCAGGUGUGUCUAAUUGGGGUUGGAGCUAAACUUUGCAGGACACACUUACUUACAGAUUAUUUAGCUUGUUUUAAGAACAAACCUCUGACUUAUUAUGUCUAAUAACAAAACUAUUUCUCAUUUGACUUGUCUAGAUAUAAAAUGCUUCUAAAUUUAAGUAUUUUAACAAAUUUGGACUAGAAACGAGACAAAAACUCAAGUAAACAAAUCAUUUUUUGCAGUGUGAUAUGACAGGCAUCCAAACACUACUGCCUGUCACGUCUGUUCAUUUGUAUAUUUUUACAUGAUAAUAAUAAUGCAGAGAAAUGAGUCCUGGGGCACCCCAGAAAUGCCAUGUAUGACUGCAUGAGAAAUCAAGAUUUUGGUUUCUAUCUUCUCACUUUUUUAUGGUUUGCAUGUAUAGAAAUGUGCGUGUGCUACUUUGCUGUAUGUCAGAGGUGCGUUUUUGCCCCUUCGAACACCAGCAAACGAGACGCCUGCAGCAUUAUAGCCAUGUUCAUCAGGGCUUCCUGUAAUCUUAAGGAUGGAAAUCGUACACUGGAAAAUGCAUUGGGUGUUGCACUAUAGAGCUAGCUGCUAGUUUUUACCCCCCUCUGGUUUUGAUAUUGAAUAUAAACAGGACGGGGUCUGGCUCGCUCAAGCUGGAAUAGCCACCAAAUCCAUAGAUCAUCUUUUGUUACACUUGCCAAAAGCAUUGUGUGCUCUCUUUGGCUUUCUGAUGAUGCUUUCUGUCAGAAUUCGUCAAUUGGUUUUGUUAGGGAAAGGCUGAAUGUUAUUAAUGACGUGUGUGAGAUUUAUUUUGAUGUUUCCCCACUCACAUCGGAGUCUUGCACAUUUUGAAUGCAUGAGGGGGAAAUAAAGGGAUUUUUUAUUUUUAAUUCAUUUUUGUUUUCCUUCGGAUGUUUUUAAUGAAGAAUUCCCUGUUUCAUGUGACUUGUUCUAAUUCGAGUGGAAUAAAUAAAAAGGAAUAUAUUUACAGCUGA